AAGCACAACAAACACAUCACCCCGCCUCCCCGCUGUGUUCUUCCCCAUCUUCCCACUGCGCACGGAGGCUGUUCCCGGCGACGGGCGGUGAUUUUCCCAGCGACGAAAGAGGCUGGAUUCUGAAGUUGCUGCCAGAUCCAUCAUCGUCGGGUCCUGCUCCUCCGACGGCCGCUUCUCCUCCCGCAAAGUCCAGCGCCGCCACUGCGAAGAAAUAGAGAAGCCAGGAACCCCUUCUAAACGGAUUCAGCUUGUGCAGUAUUCCAAGAAUUCUGAAGAAACCCCAAGGAAAGAGACCCAGAGGAGGGCGGGCAAGAUGAUCAGUGUUGGGAAGACGAAGCAGUAUGCAAACGUUCUUGACAAGCCCCUCAGCCGUGGCAGACAGGAGGUCAGUUUGAGUGCAUUCGCAUUCUUGUUCUCGGAGGUGGUUCAAUACAACCAGACACAAGUUGACAACAUUGCUGACCUGGAACGAAGGCUGGAGGACGCUGGUUAUGCUGUUGGUGCUAGAGUUCUUGAACUGCUGUGUCACAGGGAGAAGGGGAAUAGACGAGAGACUCGACUGCUGGGGAUUUUAUCAUUCAUUCACAGCAAUGUAUGGAAAGUACUGUUCGGAAAGGUGGCUGACUCGCUUGAGAAAGGAACAGAACAUGAGGAUGAAUACAUGAUUAGUGAAAAGGAGCUUCUUGUUAACCGGUUCAUUUCCGUGCCGAAAGACAUGGGGGCAUUCAACUGUGGAGCUUUUGUUGCAGGGAUUGUAAGGGGCGUAUUGGACAAUGCUGGUUUUCCAGCGGUAGUUACGGCACAUUUUGUGCCAAUUGAAGGCCAGCAGAGGCCCAGGACAACAAUCUUGAUUAAAUUUGCUGAAGAGGUUUUACGUCGGGAAUCAAGACUUGGCUGAAAUGCACACCAGGCUAUUUCUUCUGUUCUGUUUGCAAGAUGAAUCCAUUUCAAAUAUGUUUUGUUCUUGAUUUAUGUAAUACUAAUAUAUUGGUAAUUUUCCAUCGAAAAGGUAUACUGGUAAUUUUGAGAAUAUAAGCAGUAGCCUCAUUUUAUGAGUGUCCGACACGGGAAUACUAGCAAAAUGUAUGUGCAGAAGAGAAACAUCAAAAGGAUUAGAAGAGCCCACGGGGAAGUUGAAAAGUGGACUAGUUGCUUUCCUGCA